CUUCCUCGUUGAGGUGGAGGCUACAAAACGUGUCCCUCCGAUGCGAGCCUUUGGGAGUGCAAACACAGGACACAGGAGACGUCACACAUCUCGGAUAACUGAAGGCGUCUGUAAGUGGACGGACCUGUGUGAAUAUGGGGGUAAGCAUUGUAAAACAAGUUAUUUUUUAGGUAGUUCGGAUUAUGUAUGAGUGAUGACUAGUUAUAUUGGGUAAUGGGGCGGUGGUUAGUGCGUUGUAUCAUCGCGUGAUUGGCUACUUCUCUUGACUGAUCGUGUGUUGUCCAUUAGUUAACGUUAUUGGGAUAUAUUAACCAAUGAGGCAUAAGGUCGUUUUCGAAUUGUGCCGUUAUUGGUUGCUUGCAAGCUCCUUUAUAUGUUUAUUGGUUAUUCUUGUCCAAUCACAGUUUACAAGUCUCCCACGUGAAUGACACUGCUGUAGUCAAAUGAAUGCUUUACCGUCCUAUCUGUGAUUGGUCCAAUGUACGUUUGUGGGCGGGAUAUGGUGACGUUUUGUGAUGGGAUGGAAAAUGGCGGCUGUUAAGGAGACCGCAUUAACUUUAUACCAUAUUAGUAAUAAAAGCUGCAACCAUGUACGCCCUAUUCUUGCAGUGUAUUAGAAUGUUGUCAUUUUAAUACGACUUAAGGUCAUGUAGAGUUUUUUUUCUAUCGGUAUAAGCAGGACGCCUUCCAAAAAGCUAACAUUAACGUUAGCUGGACACGACUUGGAAUGGUGAAGGCAAGGAACAAAGCUCGAGUAUUCAGUCAGUCUUGAUUUUAUGAUAAUGAUAAUUGUAUCAUCACUUCCAUUCAGCGUAGUAACGUUACUGUAAUUAGCCUAUUUAAAUGAGUCGGGUUCCAACUUAAACUUCCCAUAUCCAGCCGACGUUGGUUCACCAGACCUGUGUGCAGUCAGUGAGUUGGAGCGUCAGGCAAGAAACUGUUAACGUCAGAUGAGUUUUGGAGCUUUUCAAAGACAACAAAUGUCUUAUUGACAUCUCAGUUAGCUAACGUUAGCCAGGAGACUGAUAAGGAAGUUAGUCACUUUUCUGUGGCACGCUGCGCCUUCCAGCUGUUUGUUUACUAUGCAGUGGAGCCAAGCGGCGCUCCGCUAACGUUACAGCUGACGGUGGCUCUCUGAUGGCUCGAACACUCUGCAGCGCUAAAUACGUGGAUUUGUUUGGACAAAGCUCGGUUUUCCAGUGAUAAUGGACGAUUCCAAGCCACGGUACAGCAAAAGGCUGCGGGCCGGUACCCGUCGACGAUACCAUGACGACGGCAUCUCCGAUGAGGAGAUUGAUGGAAGGAGGAUGUUUGACCUGGAGGAGAAAGUCAACAGUCAGAGGUUCAGCUCUGACCGGGUCAUUCGCAUGGAGGGAAGAGACUUGACGUAUGAGUUCAUCCAGAGAGGCGGCCUGAGGGACCCAAUCAUCGUUGAGAAGCCUGAUGGACUGGGAAUCAAGAUGCCCGAUCCUGACUUCAGUGUCAAUGAUGUCAAGAUGUUUGUUGGUAGCAGACGUAUGAUAGAUGUGAUGGACGUGAGCACUCAGAAGGGGACAGAAAUGUCCAUGGCCCAGUGGACACGUUACUACGAGACCCCUCCAUCUCAGAGAGAGAAGCUUUAUAAUGUCAUCAGCCUGGAGUUUAGCCACACCAAGCUGGAGAAUCUGGUCAGGAGACCUGCCACAGUAGAUCUAAUAGACUGGGUGGACAACAUGUGGCCUCGUCACCUGAAAGAGAGACAGAGAGACUCAACCAACUCCAUCAAUGACAUGCAGUACCCCAAAGUACAGAAAUACUGUCUGAUGAGUGUCGAGGGCUGCUACACAGACUUUCACAUUGAUUUUGGAGGGACCUCAGUGUGGUACCACAUACUGAGAGGAAGCAAGGUGUUCUGGCUGAUCCCUCCCACCCCUCAGAAUCUGGAGCUGUAUGAGAACUGGGUGCUGUCGGGGAAACAGGGAGACGUUUUCCUUGGAGACCGAGCAUCUGACUGCCAGAGGAUUGAACUGAAGCAGGGCUGCACCUUCAUCAUACCCUCAGGUUGGAUCCAUGCCGUCUACACCCCUGUGGACUCUAUGGUGUUUGGAGGAAACUUCUUGCACAGCUUCAACAUCCCUAUGCAACUUAACAUCUGUAAUAUAGAAGACAGAACGCGGGUUCCAGUGAAGUUUCGUUACCCCUUCUACUACGAGAUGUGCUGGUACGUGUUGGAGCGCUACGUCUUCAGCCUGACCAAGACCUCCUAUCUCACACCAGAGUUUCAGAAACACUCGCUGGGCAUUGGUCUGAAGAAGCCAUCUGGCUCAGAUCCAGCCAGUGAACAGGUGAAGGAGGAGGAGGAGGGUGGUGGUGAUAGUGAUGAAGAGGGUUCAGAGCAGCAGUCUGACAAGCCUACAGUUAAAGUUCACCUGACUCCCCUUGAGCUGGAGGGAAUGUGGAACCUGCUGGGUAAACUGGAGGCUCUGCCCUCCAACAAGAAGUGUGUCCCAGCAGGGAUACACAACGCCCCGGCACUCAUUACACACAUCAAGGCACUACUGAAGGAACAUGCCAAUGACAAUCCCAAACUGUCCUACACAGGAAAACCCAUCGUCAAGUGGCCAAAGAGACCCUCGUGGUACCAGCCUCCUCCUCCACCACCUCCUCCUCGUCCUAAAUUGGCCUCCACUCCUGUCAUCCCACGACCACAGAAACCUGCCUCCUCCAUGUCUGUGCUGAGACGGCGCAGGGUCAGGUGUAAACGCUGUGAAGCCUGUAUGAGACCAGAGUGUGGAGACUGUAACUUCUGCAGAGACAUGAAGAAGUUUGGAGGACCAGGGAAGCUCAAGCAGACCUGUGUGCUACGACAGUGUCUCUCUCCGGGCCUUCCUCUGUCUGCAGUGUGUGAGAUCUGCAAGGAGCCCAAUCAGGAGGAAACUGGAGACCCCUCCCUCACUCUGAUGGAAUGUUCCAACUGUGCGCAGAUAGUUCAUCCUGCCUGCCUCAUGGUUCAGGGUGAAGGAGUGGUGAAUAAAGACCUGCCCAGUUGUUGGGAAUGUCCAAAGUGUGUCCAGGGGAUCACUGACCCAGAGCAGUCUAAAGGAGACAAAGGUGAAGGCCUUCCAAUGAAGCGGAAAUCCUCCUCUCUGCUUGAUGCUCGUAUGGCUAAGAUUUACCGACGACAGAGACACAGCCACGAUGGAGACGACUCUGCCAGUGACGAUGAUGAUGAAGCCACUCAGAGGAGAAAGAUGGCGCUCCAUGCCCGAGGGGGGAGACACUCUUCCAGGAGGGGGUUUGGUGCCAACAGGAGAGGCCUGCUGAGAGGAGGCUCGGCCCACAGAGGUAGCAGAGGAGGAGUCGUGACUCCCGGCUCCUCCUCCGUCCUCAAGCUAAAGCGAGGGAUGAGCAUGAGGGAGGGUGCGCGGAGAGGACGAGGGGUGAGGCUGCGGGGAGGCUCCAGAAUGCAGCGAAGAGGUGACGAGUCUGAGGAGUCAGACGAUGAUGAUGACGACGAAGAAGAAGAAGAAGAGGAAGAGGAAGACAGUGAAGACGGAGGCAAAGAACGACAGCAUCAUCGACGUAGGAGGAGGCGCAGGACUGAUGAUGAAGAUGAAGAUGAGGACAGUGAGGGGCAGGAGUUUGACCCUGAAGAGGAGGAGAUGGACACGCUGGAAGAUGAGGAGGAGGAGGAGGAGGAGGAGGAGGAAGGGUGCUGGGAUUCAGAUCCAGAACCCCCGGUCCUCCUGGUGUCUGAUCUGAAUGAUGACCUGCUGAGUGGCUCCUACCUGACGGUCACUCUACAGCGGCCCCACAAAACCAAGAGACAAUCUGGCUCCAUAGUUCCAAAGCUAGAAGCAGCCAUGGGUCCGAGGACCUCUGCAGUGGGUGCUGGUGGUCAGCAGGGCUUCAUCCAGAGAAAGACUGCUCUGUCCAAACCUUCACGACUCAAGAGUGCCGAGACCACAGCUGACAGCGUAGCCCCGAGAGGGCCUGGCAGGCCGCGUCUGCGGGGUAACCAUGGCGACAGAGGCACUAGAGAUCGCUCUGCGUCGUCUUCAGAGGAAGAGGAAGCUGCUGCUCCUCGUGCGCCCUUCUCCCUGUCUCCUCCGUCCCUGUUGUCUCUGCCGUCCUUUAAGGACGUGGGCAACGAGGGCGGGGGGGAGAAGGAGGUGUGGGUGUCUGUGUUCAGAUACUUGAACAGAGCCGAGCUGCUGGCCUGCAUGACCGUCUGUAAGGCCUGGUACAAGUGGAGCUGCGACAAGCGUCUGUGGAGCCACGUGGACGUGAGUCGGUGCAGCCCGCUCACUAACCAGGCCCUGGCAGGCAUCAUCAAACGCCAGCCCAGCUCUCUGGACCUCUCCUGGACCCCCCUGGCCAAGAGACAGCUCAACUGUCUGCUCACCAGGCUCCCAGGUCUGAGGGAGUUGAGGGUGACUGGUCUGUCCUGGUCGUGUUUGUCAGCGCUGGUCUCUCCCAUUCUGCCCUGCCUGCGGCUGCUGGACCUGCGCUGGUGUGAAGGCCUUAAAGACGCCCAGAUUAAAGAGAUCAUCACCCCGCCUGGUUCAGAGUCGUCUCGCAGCAGACUGAGGAACGUGGUGACGCUGCGUCUGUCCGGUCUGGACGUCGGCGAGUCCACCCUGAGGCUGCUGCAGCGCCACAUGCCCCAGCUGGAGAGGCUGGACCUGGCUCACUGCAAGGACAUAACGGACUCGUCCAUCGCCCUGCUGGCAGCAGCCGGGACUCACACCCGCAACAACCUCACUGAACUCACACUGGCAGGAUGUAGUGAGCUGACAGACGGCUGUCUGUCCUACCUGAAGCGUCUCUCCUCCCUGACUCUGCUGGACCUCAGAGGCUGUAAGAGCAUCAGCAGACGAGCCUGUGACGCCUUCAUCUCUGACCUGUCCCACGUCGCCCUCUACUGUAUGAUGGAGGAGAAACUCAUCCAGCGCAUGGACUAACGCAAACACCUUGGUACAGCACACACUGUUCCAUGGUCGAGAAUAAAUCCUUUCAGUUUUAGUUUUACAUGCUCAGCCUCUUGUGUGUCUUGUUCUUCAGGUUUGGAGUCAGCUGUUAGAAACAUUAAACCCGACUGAACUGGCAGUUCAAAGGAAACGCUCCAGAGCUCCUAAAAUCAGUCUUCUGAUAUAAUGUGUAAAUAAAGACCUCGUUGGAGAUGUGGGAGGGUGUAGCAGUUUGCCUCUUGUCUGUGUGCUAAGCUAGGCUUGGCAAAUACUUGAACUUGAUAUUGAUAUCAAUCUUCUCAUCUUUCCAAAACGUCAGAAUCUGUCUUUAAAAAGUCUUGAAUCACUGACUUAAUUGACCCCAAAGAUGUUGGUGAUGUCUGGAAGGUUCCAUCUCUUCGGUUCUUCCGUCUGCAACAGAUUUAAUCAGAAGUCUGGUUAAACAUGAGACCACCUUUCCUGCAUACAGACUGACGCUGCGUGGACGAGAACUGAACCUACGUCUGUUCACUAAACUUGAACAAAGUGGGUGUUCCGUGUAUAUAUGUUAGAAAAAAUGGACAAUAUCAAUUGUCUGAGUGAAUCUUAACCUGGAUUAAAAAGUGUGAAAACUUAAUAAAAUGUGAAUUGUUGAACUUUC